UUCCUGACACCAAACCGAAAUCUCCCAUCUUGGUUUAAAACCAGCUGCCUGCAUCCUAUCGCUAUCAAUCCCUCCGGGCAGCAGCAGCGCACAGCAGGCCCAGCUCUCGUGGUUCUCCUGGCCCAGCUCUCCCUGCCGCCCACCGUCUCCCAGCCACCACAUCGGUCCGUGUGUGCCCCACCAGGCAGGAGCGCCUUGCAGGGAGCGCCCGGCAUGGAGGACAAACGCAACAUCCCCAUCAUCGAGUGGGAGCACCUGGACAAGCGGCGCUUCUACGUGCUGGGCAUCUGCAUGACCAUGAUGAUCCGCGUCAGCGUUUAUCCCUUCACGCUGAUCCGCACCAGGCUGCAGGUGCAGAAGGGGAAGAGCCUUUACAACGGGACCUUCGACGCCUUUGUGAAGAUCCUGAGGACGGAGGGGGCGGCCGGGCUGUACCGCGGCUUCCUGGUCAACACCUUCACCCUCAUCUCGGGGCAGUGCUACGUCACCACCUACGAGCUGACGCGCAAAUACGUGGCGCGGUAUAACAACAACAACGCCGUCAAGUCGCUGGUGGCCGGCGGCUCGGCCUCGCUGGUGGCUCAGAGCAUCACGGUGCCCAUCGAUGUCGUUUCCCAGCACCUGAUGAUGCAGAGGAAGGGUGAAAGCAUGGGCAGGUUCACGGUGCGCGGCCGCGACGCACGGCGGGUGGUGGUGUUUGGGCAAACCAAGGACAUCAUCGUGCAGAUCUUCAAGGCCGACGGGUUGAAGGGUUUCUACCGCGGCUACGUGGCCUCGCUGCUGACCUACAUCCCCAACAGUGCUGUCUGGUGGCCCUUCUACCACUUCUACGCCGGUACGUGCGCAGGGACGGAG